AGUCGGUGUCUCCGCGUUGCUGGGUGGGCCUUGGCUGAGCCGCCAUGGGCAAGCAGAACAGCAAGCUGCGGCCGGAGAUGCUGCAGGACCUGCGGGAGAACACGGAGUUCUCAGAGUUGGAGCUGCAGGAGUGGUACAAGGGCUUCCUCAAGGACUGCCCCACGGGCAUCCUGAACGUGGACGAGUUCAAGAAGAUCUACGCCAACUUCUUCCCCUACGGCGACGCCUCCAAGUUCGCCGAGCACGUCUUCCGCACCUUCGACACCAACAGCGACGGCACCAUCGACUUCCGGGAGUUCAUCAUCGCGCUGAGCGUGACCUCGCGGGGCCGCCUGGAGCAGAAGCUCAUGUGGGCCUUCAGCAUGUACGACCUGGACGGCAACGGCUACAUCAGCCGCGAGGAGAUGCUCGAGAUUGUGCAGGCCAUUUACAAGAUGGUUUCGUCCGUGAUGAAGAUGCCAGAGGACGAGUCGACCCCGGAAAAGAGGACUGAGAAAAUCUUCCGCCAAAUGGACACAAACAACGACGGUAAGCUGUCCCUGGAGGAGUUCAUCCGCGGAGCCAAAAGCGAUCCGUCCAUCGUGCGUCUGCUGCAGUGCGACCCCAGCAGCGCCUCCCAGUUCUGAUGAGAGGAGCCAGGUCCCCCCCACCCCUGCCUUCUCUGGCCCUCUCCCGGCUCUCAGCUUCCCCUCCCUUGUGUGUGUCCAGGCUAGGGGUCAGACUGGGCCCCCGCCUCCCGUCGGCACUGUUGGGGGCCAGUGGAGGAGGAAACCCUGCAGUGCCCCCAGAGCCCAAGCAAGCAAGCGGUUAGCACCCCCGAUUCCAGAGGCAAUACU